GGGAAGUUUUGCAGAGGGUUACAUUCGCAGUCAUCUCAGUGUUUGCAAAUAUUGAGUAGGCUUCUGAGCAAGUAUCUUCUGGAGAGAGCCCCAGGAGUAGAAAGCAAGAACCGGCAGCAGCAUUUUGGAGACUGCAAUAUAUAUGUUUAUAUCUAUCUAUAUAUUGCUGUGCAAUUAAACUUUGCAUGAAACUUUUGCUUUUUUAUUAUUAUAUAAUAAAUCCCUUUGCAUCUGAAAUAUCGAACAGGAAUUUAAUAUAUAUCUUAGAAUUUUUUUGGAAGGGGUGGAGAGGAAAAAAAUCUUUUUUUUCUUUUGUGGUCGUCUUUCUCUCUGGAGGAGGAGGAGGAGGAAGUGGGACUUUGUAAAUAGCUGGCCGUGUUUCUGUCACCAUCACCUGCCAUCACGACUGCCGACGACAGCAGCAGCAGCAGCUGAGAAACAUCUGUAGCGUUGUUCAUAUUUGUCUUUUGUAAGGAGAGAGCGAGGGGGGGAAACAUUGCAACUGGACAUUGACUUUCUGGAGGGUUUAUUGUUGCAACUCCCCCCCCCUUGAAAAACAAAGCAAAAAAAAAACAUGGAUGUGCUCCCAAUGUGUAGCAUCUUUCAGGAACUCCAAAUUGUCCACGAUACUGGUUACUUCUCCGCUUUACCAUCUCUGGAGGAAUAUUGGCAACAGACUUGCUUAGAGCUAGAACGGUAUCUUCAGAGUGAGCCCUGCUACGUGUCUGCCUCUGAGAUAAAAUUUGACAGUCAGGAAGAUCUGUGGACCAAAAUUAUUCUGGCGCGUGAAAAAAAAGAAGAAGCUGAACAGAAGACCAUGUGUGUCCUAAAGGAGGAAAGUGCAAAGAGUCAGAGCUUAGAGACCAACAGUUUGAAUUCUGAUAUCAGCAGCGAAUCUUCAGACAGCUCUGAGGAACUUUCGCCUACAACUAAGUUUACCUCUGAUCCCAUAAGUGAUGUCUUGGGCUUGGCCAAUACAGGAAACUUGAGUUCAUCUGUCACUUCAACUCCUCCUUCUUCCCCUGAGUUGGGCAAGGAGCCAUCUUCUCAACCAUGGAAUUGUGCGCCCGGUGAAUUGCAUUCACCAGGCAAAAUUCGUACUGGUACUGGUGGAAAGACUGCAGAAAAGGGUGGCCCGGUCAACGGUGAUGCCUCUCCAGAUGGAAGGAGGCGGAUCCACAGGUGUGACUUCAAUGGGUGCAGGAAGGUUUACACCAAAAGUUCACAUCUGAAAGCACAUCAGCGUACCCAUACAGGAGAAAAGCCUUACAGAUGCUCAUGGGAAGGGUGUGCAUGGCGUUUUGCGAGGAGUGAUGAGUUAACCAGACACUUCAGAAAGCACACGGGUGCCAGGCCUUUUAAAUGUAAUCACUGUGACAGGUGUUUCUCCAGGUCUGACCACCUGGCCCUUCACAUGAAGAGGCAUCUCUGAAUUGGGUAGAGAGGUCGAAUUCUAUGGGCUAAGAGGCUUCGAGGUCAACCAGCCUUGAAAGAAGGGAUGCGUGUUCCAGCCAAAGCAUGCCAUUUUGCACCCUAAACCCAGUUGCCUCCAGGGCCUCUCUUCCUUGGAAGGUCUUCAGAGGGCUAAAUAAGUCAUGUAAGAAACGGCAUAGCGACCGCACGGUGUGGGUCUCGUACGCUGGCACCCAACCUUCUGAGUGGCUUCUACGCCUUCUGCCGUGAGCACGUGCACUGAGAAUGUUAAUGAUUGGACGACUGUAUGUUAUUGAGGAUCUUACUGGGCGACUGUUUGCUGAGGCACAUUUUUUUUUCCGUUUUGUUCCUUGUGGUUGUUUUAUAACCGUAAGAGAUAAAAAGGUUGGCUGAAUGGAGGGGGGGAGCGGGGGAAUCGUUUGCGUGUGUAAGGAGUAUGCCGCAAGGAGGAGUGAUCACCAAUCAUUUCCAAGGGGAGGGGCGGAAGGGGGUGUCUGCACCUUUUUUAAAAAAAGAAAGGGGGAGGGGAAGAUGGAGGGGAGGGGGUGGAAAGUCAGGACACCAGAAUGGAGGGAAGGGCCCCUAUCCUGUGUGAGAGGAGCUUUCGGUGUCUGGUCCAGCUAUUAAAUGUGCAAUGUGUCAAGUAGCUUCUUUUACUUGCUACAGAGCUCAUUUGUAACCCAUUGUAUAAGCUGUGUAUUUACAAUAUAACACAACCUAUAACUUUUUUCAUUAUAAUACAAAGAUUAUUGCAUGGUUCUGGGGAACUGUAUGCUUUUCCAUUCUUUAAUCAGGACUGCAGAUAUUUUGUUUUGCCCCCACCCCCUCAAUUCCAGUUCAAAGCUGCUACAAUGCAAUUGGUUUAAUGUUACAUAACAUACAGAUCUUGGAUUUUUAUUUUUGUCCUGUUGGGUGGAUAAAACCACUGUAGGUUAGAAACUGUAUUUUUAUUUUUUAAGGGAAAAAAAUCUCAUGCAGCUAUUUUUGUUCCUUUCUUUUUUAUUUAUGCCUAGAGGUCUCUAAUUUCUGGUUUUCUAGCUGUUAAUGCACUGUUGACCUUAAUAAUGGUGCCUUAUGCAAAGUGACCUCUUCUUGUAGGAGGUCUUAUACAGGGGUAUGGGUGAUUUAUGCUUCAUUAAGGCUCUCUUGUCACCUGAUAUUUGUACUGUAUCAAAUGUAUAUUAUGAAAAGGUGGGGAAAAACCAUAGGCUGAUCAGGGUUUUUCCAUGUACAGAAGCAUCCUUAGACAUGUCAAUGUUUUUGCUUUAAAAAUCCUAUGGAAUAAUCUGACCAGUUCAGCCACCUUGAGAAUCCCAUAUAUAUGUGACCUUGCACAACCCCCAGCAUGUGUGUGUAAUACAAACUCUUUUUCUCCCAAUCCUCAUUUCCCCUGUACUUCAAAAUGUACCAUUCUUCCUUGGUUAAAAAAGUGCAGGAGUGUUGCAAAAAGAAAUAUUUGCUUAAAAAGGCACAAAUUCCACAUCUUUAUAUCAAGCUUUCUCUAGGUUAAAACCAAAAGAAAUUACUUUUUUUAUGAAAAAAACAAAACAAAAAAAAGUAACCAAACAGGCAGAAAGUUUAUUAUGUGUGUAUAUUUGUGUGUAUAGUAUGUGUAGCGCUGCGUGUGCGUGUGUGUAUAAAUAUAUAUAUGGAUAAUAUAUUAUUUUUAAAUAGAAGGAUUUAGUUCUUUGCUAUAAAUAUCACAUCCUAUAAGGAGCCCUCUGCUUUCUCUUAAUUUCAUGAUGGAAGCUGCCAAAAGGUGGUUACUAAAUGCUUACAAACUUCACUUGUUUUACUUUUUUGGCUUCUAGACUACUUUUUAAAAAGUUUGGGCAGUGACCUGAGGGUGGGGGGAGUAUCCAAUGUGCACAUGCAGCUCUUGCAAAAAGAAAGCUGUUGCAUUUGCUUCAGUGUUAGGGAGUGCUUUGGCAUGCCCAAAAAUCUUCAACAUUCAACUGAAUAGAGUGCACUGGAACCCCUUCCGAGAGCUCCUACAGCUGCUCUAGGAUUGUGCAAACCGCUUGGCAACUUUCCGAAUCAACCUUGCUCUCUUCAGAGCAAUGGAUUUGCUAUUCCCCUUCCACCUUCACAAAGUGCCAAGCUAGCCCUUUUUUGUUGCAAUUGCAUCCCCCCCCCCGCUGCUGGGUGCUUCUGUUUCUUAUGGCAGGUCUCCAUUUGUUGUGAAAAGUAUUGAUUUGGAACAAUGCUUUGAGGGCCAGACGUGCCUACUGACAUGUUUCCAGGUCAUCUGGAAGCACUACAGCAAGGAUCAGGUGGCCCUCCCAAUGUUGUUGGACUAUAGCUCUCAUCAUCCCUGACUGUUGACCAUACUGGCUGGGGCCGAUGGAAACUGUAGUCAUACAGCAUCUGGAGGUUAACAGGUUCCUCACCUUCUGUGCUACAUUUAGCAGUAGCUAUUCUAUUUAAAAAACAAAAUACAGCACUUCAGUUUCUGUCCUUCAAACUUCUCUAGAAGAUCAAGGAAUGAGCUCAUUGAUUAUUGCUUUGUUACUUCUGGUGUUUACAUUUCAGCUGAAGGUGCAACGUAGUUUUGUGAGGAAGAUUAGACAUAGUUGUCCCCCAAAAGUUAAAUCAGUGAGUUUUCAAAACUGCCUUCCUUAACAGUGCUAUACUUAAAACAGAAACCACACCUACAGCCUGUUUCCUGCUGUUUCAGAUAGCUUUUCCUGGAAAUGGUGAUGAAGAUUAAUGGUUCUCUGGAACACGUUAAAGUGCGGUAUCUGUCUGAUUCUAAGGAACACACAGGCCUACACAUUUUGUGUUGUGUUUGACUUUUAUAUGCUUGAAAGUGUGCUUUUUUAAAAAUGUAAAAAUAUCCUAGGUGGUUGUCUACCAUCUAUGGAGCUCCAAUGUAUAUAUACAUGGAGUUUCUACAAUCUAUGGAGCUCUAAUAUACAUGUGGAGCUUCAUGUAUGCAGGUACUGCCUUUUUCUUUUCUAUUUUGAGGAAAUUCCUUGCAGCUACAAUGAGAGACACUAUUUCAUCCAUGGUGCAUUCGCCAAUUCACAGUAAAGGCAGGAAGUCUCUGUGCUUGUGUGUAUAUCAGAAUCAUCACACAUGGAUCAAGGCAAUUAUGGAGUUUGUUGUUCUGGGAUUUGUGUUUGAGGAGGAUUUAUUUAUUUAUUUUUUGCUUUCUUAACAAUGCUUUCUGCUCAGCCAUAAUAACUCCAUUAGUACCCAAGGAGAAAAACAUGGAAAUUUAAUAAAUCCCCUUACAUUAGGUUUUCUAGGUUGUGAAAUAUCAAAAUGGUUUUUGGAUGGGGGCUGUCUGCCAUAUGUCAAAAUAUGCCUGUUGGUUUUGUAGUUUAAACAAGUACAUUUUGUUCGGGUGAUAACUGAGCCUCAAUCAAGCGGAAAGAAAAAAAUUGCUUGAAAUUUCAGAAGAGAAUUUCUAUUCGUAAAAUUUGUUUCUUUGUUUCUUUCUUUCCUUUUUGUUUGUUUGUUUUUUGGAAGCACCCUGUUAUCUAAAGAAUCUCUUUGUAAGAUUUUUGUAAAAAAAAUUGUUUUACAAGAUUUUAUUUGAAAUUGUUUUUUGCAAGAUUGUUAUAUUUCUGUAUGAAUGUAUUUUUUAUUGGAAUAACAUAAAAAAAUUCUUAUCAGCA